ACCAAGCUGGGAUGGAUGUAUGAAUAUGCGAUGAACGAACCGCAGAAAUAUAAGGAGGCAAAAGUGAUCCUCGAACGAGCGCUGAUCGAAAUGAGCGACGGCAUCGACAACCCUGUUGAAGAACUGAGGGAGCCGCGAGUGCGAAUCCCGUAA